AUCAUCUGCACCCAGAAUGCACCUGUGAAAACACCUUUAACCAAUUAGUAUGCUCCUUUGAGUGCACAACAAAGGUCAAUUUUGAAAUGAGUUAGAGGACUGCAUUUGUGAUAUACUGUCUUUUGUUUUCAAUGCAAUACAGACAUCUACAAACCGGGCGUCUGUGGGGUCCAGCCGGUCCUCUGGAGGAGUGCCGGUGAACUGAGGCCCAGCUGCAUCCAGAGCUGCAAACAUCACAUCAGCAGGGUCAGGCAGGCCGAUGGGAUGUACACUUAACAACUGACACACAGGCUUAGAAAUCCCCUGAGCUGAGAGGAGCGGCAGGUGGGUGCAGUGGCGUUGCUAGAAGACAUUAAGGAAGCAGGACAUCCGGGAUGGCUGGAAGGAGACGAGGCCGAGGCAGCAACGCUCAGCAACAACAGGCCCCACAGAACCAGAGAGGAGGCCCUCGCAGGGCUUUGCGAGAGCCAGCUACUUUUGCCAAGUCUACAGGUUGUGAAUCACAGAUCCCACAUGAAAAGUUGACCAUUUUCCAAGCGAAGAGAGGCACGCCAGCUCAUCGUCCAGUGCGAGUCUACGCUGAUGGGAUCUUUGAUCUUUUCCAUUCGGGGCAUGCUCGAGCUCUGAUGCAGGCCAAAAAUGUGUUCCCCAACACACACCUGAUAGUAGGAGUCUGCAGCGAUGAACUCACCCACAAGUUUAAGGGCUACACGGUGAUGACAGAGGAUGAGCGCUACGACGCCCUGAGGCACUGCCGUUACGUUGACGAGGUGGUGCGGGACGCUCCCUGGACCCUUUCCACAGAGUUCCUCAAGAAGCAUAAGAUUGACUUUGUGGCCCAUGAUGAUAUUCCUUACACCUCUGCUGGGUCAGAGGAUGUUUAUAAACACAUCAAGGAAGCAGGGAUGUUCGUGGCCACUGAGAGGACAGAAGGCAUCUCCACAUCUGAUCUGAUCACUCGUAUCGUCCGAGACUACGACAUUUAUGCUCGACGCAACCUGCAAAGAGGCUACACAGCCCGGGAACUGAAUGUUGGAUUCAUUAAUGAGAAGAAAUACCGCCUCCAGGAACAGGUGGACAAGAUGAAAGAGACGGUCCGUACGGUGGAGGAAAAGUCCAAACACUUUGUCUACAGAGUGGAAGAGAAGAGCCAGGACCUCAUCCACAAGUGGGAGGAGAAGUCACGAGAAUUCAUCAGCAACUUCUUGGAGCUUUUUGGACCUGAUGGAGCCUGGCAUGCGAUUCAGGAGCGAAGCGGCCGUAUGAUCCAGGCCCUGUCACCUUACUCCUCACCCCGUGGUUCCCCCAGCAGCAGUCCCACCAGAAGACGCUCCGUUUCUCCGGACUCCUCCCCGACCUCUGCCUUGGCCUCCCCCUCCUCUCUCUCCCCUCCUUCCUCCCCAUCCUCGCCAAAGAGGGCCUCACGCUCCUCUGUCAAUGCUGCCUCCACAUACAGAGAACAUGAACAAUGAGCUCAUCAUGAUGUACUCAUCUUUGUUGGUCUUCUUACUGGCUAUUGGUCAUUAAUCUGGUACAUAAUAUGUCUAAGGAGGCUAUUAAUUGAAAUGAACAAAUAAAGGAAGUACUUUA